AGGCUCUUCCCUCCCCUACCUGUCCCGGAACGUCGGAGCCCACGGUUAAAGAAUGUCCCGGAUUCCUCUGGGUAAAGUCCUCCUGAGAAAUGUUAUUCGGCACACAGAUGCACACAAUAAGAUUCAGGAGGAAACAGAUAUGUGGAAGAUAAGAGAGCUGGAGAAACAGAUGGAAGAUGCUUAUCGGGGGACACAAAGGAGAAUAUUACCCAGGAGUUCAAGCCGAAUGCGAAGUGAUGGUUUUGAUGAAGAAAGUCAUCGAGUCUACUGGAGGACAAAACAAGAAAUUCCUGGAACAUUUGAGGAUGAUUUGCUUAGGACUCGAUCCUGGAAUAAGAGGCUAUAUAAUUAUGAGGCCAACAUGCCAGACAGAUGGGGUCACAGUGGAUAUAAAGAACUGUAUCCUGAAGAAUUUGACUCAGACAGUGAUCAGCAAGAUGCUAUUAAUGGAAGAAAAACACCUCCCCAGGAAAAGUCAUCUACUCAUGAGUCUCAUAAACGUAAAAGAUCAAAGAAAUCCCACAAAAAAAAGCAGAAAAAACGGUCACACAAAAAACAAAAGAAAAGCAAAAAGGAAGCUACUGAUAGAGCUGCAGAUUCCUCAAGUGAGUGCUCAGGAGAAACUCAGGUUUCCAGUGAUAGGAAAGGGAAACAAUCACAUAAACGAAAGAAAAAGUCAAGAAAAAAGGCUCCCAAGAAACCUGUUUCUUUCUCAGAGUCAGAAAGUGAUUCUUCUCACCCGGAUAAUUCACCAUCUAGUAGUUCUGAGGAAAGUGAGGAAAAAGAAGCCAAGAAAACUAGAAGAAAAAAGGAUCAGAAAGGCCACAUCACCCCGACGAAGAGGAAGAGUGAGGUACAAGAGAGGACAAGCAAGCGGAAGAACUGGAAGGUGGCUACAGAUGAAAAGACAGAUGAGAGUUCUGAGGAAGAUUAAAUAGAGG